CGAUUCCCGUGCGCGGCCGAGAGGCGGUGACGAGUGCCCCCGCCCCGCUCCCGCUCUCUUCCCGCUCCCGCCCCGCUCCCCACAGUCCCGCUGGCGGCCCCGUCCCGGGCGGAGGGGCAGCAUGUGCGAUCCGGCCGUGUGCAGUUUCCUCACCCAGACCCUGUGCGCCCAUGGCGGGCGGCUGGGGCUGCGGGAGCUGCAGGAGAACAUCGGGCUGUCGGCGCUGCAGCUGGAGGACACGCUGUCGGCGGCGGGCCCCCGACGGUUCCUGAAGGUGGGGAGCGGCCCGGUGGUCCUGGCCGUGACGGACGUGCGGGUCUGUGUCCGCAAGGUCUGCGACGGCUGCGAGCGGCUUCACCUUUGCAAGCUGCACCUCAUGGGCAGGUGCCACCAGGGGCCCAGCUCUUGUAAGUACUCGCAUGACAUCAUGAAUGCGGAGAACAAAAAAGUUCUAAAAAAACAUGAUCUGUCUGGCCUCAGUGAGAAUGAACUGCAAGUCCUGCUUCUCCAAAAUGAUCCAUUCUUCCUCCCUGAUACCUGCCAGUUUUACAACACAAAAGGUGGUCGCUGUAUGCAGCAAAGCAACUGCAACAAGCUUCAUGUUUGUCGACACUUUCUCAAGGGGAAAUGUAAAUUUCCUCAAUGCAUAAUGAACCAUAACCUCUUGGAUGACCAUGCAAUGAGAGUGUUGGAAACUGGAGGCAUUGAUGGGAAGACAGCUUCAAACUUCCAGGCUAUAUAUGAUUUCAAGCAUGUCGAAUUCAACAGGGAACAGAAGAAGGGGUAUGUACACAACUACAGACGAAGAAAUGAUUAUUGGAAAAUACCAGCAAAUCAAAGGAAUAAAGAAGUGGAGACAACUACAGUGCAGUGUAUGCUGGAUGAGCCGCCUUCAAAAGGUCCCAGUAGCACCGUGCCUGCUCAGAGCCAAGACCGGUUGCCAACAGGAGCAGGAGAUACAGGUAAAGGUCCCAGUAGCACCGUACCUGCUCAGAGCCAAGACCAGUUGCCAACAGGAGCAGGAGAUACAGGUAAAGGUGCCAGUAGCACUGUACCUGCUCAGAGCCAAGACCAGUUGCCAACAGGAGCAGGAGAUACAGGUAAAGGUCCCAGCAGCACCGUACCUGCUCAGAGCCAAGACCAGUUGCCAACAGGAGCAGGAGAUACAGGUAAAGGUCCCAGUAGCACUGUACCUGCUCAGAGCCAAGACCAGUUGCCAACAGGAGCAGGAGAUAAAGGUAAAAAGGACAGUUCCUCUGAUGAAGCUUCAAAGGACAACAAAAAAGAUAACUGUGAUGAGAUCUGUUUGUUUUAUGUCUGGAAGUACUGCAAAAACAAGGAUAAAUGCAAAUCUGUUCAUUACCAUUUGCCAUAUAAAUGGGAGAUUUACGAUGGGUUGUUUUGGCAUGAGCUUUCCAUGAUGGAGGAAAUUGAAAAGGCCUAUUGUGACCCAAAGAACAGCAGCUUGCAAAGCAAGAACAUUAAUUUCCAGACAAUGACCUGCUCUUCUUCUUUGGUUCGACGCCUCUCUACACCAUCAUCAGUCACAAAACCCACAUUCCUACUGACUACACAGUGGAUUUGGUACUGGAAGAAUAACGAAGACAAGUGGAUCGAAUAUGGAGAACAGGAAGAAGGGAGCAGCAUGACCGCACCAUCUUCUGCUAUUAUUGAGAAUUUAUAUCAAGCAGAUCCAUGUGCCAUUGUAGCUUUCCAGGCUGGCCAACAUCAAUAUGAACUCAAUUUUAAAGAAAUGACUCAGACAAACAUUACUUUUAAGACUAAAAGACAGGUCUGCAGGCGACCAAAAUUUGUGUCUUCUGAAGAUGUCCAGAAGAUAAAAACAGGCAGCCAGAGAGAUUCUUCUAUUCCUAGUCACUGGGAUGCAUCUGCGCUGCCUGACUUGGGAUACAAGGCGGUGGUGAUCAGCAAUGCGACCCCUGAAUACAAUGAAAUAAAGCAGCUGUUUCAUCAGACUAUGAAAAAUUACAGCAUCCUUAAAAUACAGAGGAUUCAGAAUCCAUCCCUCUGGAAGGUGUUUCAGUGGCAAAAAGAGAAGAUGAAAAGGGAAAAUGGAGGAAAGGAAGUCCAGGAAAAACUUCUGUUCCACGGAACUGACAUCACCUCCAUGAAAACAAUCUGCACUCAGAACUUUGACUGGAGAAUUUGUGGAAGCAAUGGAACUACCUAUGGGAAGGGAAGUUACUUUGCUAGAGAUGCUUGCUAUUCCCACGCCUACUGUCAGGCUACGCCGCAGGGAUACUUGAUGUUUGUGGCUCGUGUUCUGGUUGGAGACUACAUUAAAGGCAACGCCGACUACGUCCGUCCCCCAAAGAAGUGUGCUGACAAGCUGUGGUUUUAUGACAGCUGUGUGGAUAAUGAGUUAAAUCCUUCUGUUUUUGUUGUCUUCGAAAAACAUCAGAUUUACCCAGAGUACAUAGUAGAGUAUAAAGAGGAGAGAAUAAGAGAGCAGAAAGAGCCAGCAAAAAUAGUGUAUAAAGCAGCGGGAAUAAGACAGCAGAAAGAGACAGAAAUAAGAGUGUGUAAAGAGGACGGAAUAAGAGAGCGUAAAGAGGAGAGAAGUAAAUGUGUUAUAUCUUAGAGGAACAUGGCAGUUUGCAUCCCUCAUCUUGUUUUUCAUAUUGCAGGUGUUCUCCUACUUGGUGACUUCUUUCUUUUAAAUACAGUUCUUCGGAAUGUUAAUCCAAACAAUUUUUGCAUUGACUAGGGCUGGCUAAGCAGAUGUUACAUUUGUUGUGACUGCCUUAUCUUCUUCUCUUCCUCUCUUAAAUUAAGCAAAAACAUUUCGAUAACCAUAGCAGGAAAAUCAGAAUUGUGGGAUGGGAAAUUGAAUGUUAUGACUGCUGUGGGCAAAUAGUUGUUAAAUGCAUUAUCUAAAAAAAAAAAAAAAAAAAUAGAGAGGAUUUCUCUUUGCAAACAGCUAAAAGAAAAAUUAACAGUACAGUAGUUUUUAAGGAAGCUUUCAAAUUUUUAGUAGCCAGAGAUUCUUUUCAGUGCAGAAUUCAUCUGUUCUUGAUCCUCUCAUCUAUUGUUACUAUAAACAAUUCAGCGUAGGUAAUAAUGACUUGAGUUUGUUUAUGCUGAUAUAUGUUUCGAGUUAAAAUGGUAAACAAAAAAAGAAAAAGCAUAUUUUAAAUCCAUAGUUCUCGAGAAUUUUCAUCUGUACGAUGGCAGAUGGAUCAGAAAGCUAAUUCUGUGUGGAAAUUUGCAGCAACUUGCUGUAACCUAUACAAAGAGCUCAGCUGAAGCUAUGAAAGCCACUACAUGAGAGUACGCAGAUACCAAAAUUUGGUGGUUUGGCUGCAACUAAUGGCUGUAAGGACACUAAGACUGUGUCCCAACAAGCCAGGCUUUCCAGUGGAUGUGGGCACGUAGCACAAUAGGACAGGGGAAACCUCUUAAGGAGCAUAGAGAUGUUCUCUCCUGUUGGUGCAGUAAUUUUCGUUUUUCCAGAUGUAGAGUGGGACAAAAAGAGACCAGUUAGGUUCUCUUGAGGCCAGUGGUAGAACUGCUGUCCUAAGGCACCGUCCGCAUGUUCUGCUGCCCACUUGUGUGGGCAGGGUGCUGACAAGUGAGGAUCCUCUUUGUGUUUUGGGGGUGAUCCUGGGUCAGAAACUUGAGCAGUUUCUACUAGAUGUUAGCAGAGAGCCUGUAAAUGAAUCAAACUGAAGACACUCUGUACAAAAUGCCAUAUUCAGGCAGUUUAGCUGUUCAGAGGGAAACUGGGAGUGAGGACAGAGAAGCAGUAAUUUUUACCUUCAGAUAAGCUUUACAGAAACACCAGUAGCCUCUGAGGUUUUUGCAUCUGUGAUACAAAUCUGUCAACGCUCAAAUAUAGCAAGUUCUUCCCAAGAGGAACACAAAAGAUAAAUCCAGAAAAUCUUACUAAAAUUACUUACAACUAAAUUAAAACAUUCAGGGAAGAUUUUAACAGUUUUUAAGAUCUCUCCUUCUCUUGUUUGCCUGUAGAAUUCCUGAACUACUAAGCUUGCUGUAUUUGGAAAUAAAACCUGUUUUCAGGCA